UAUCAUUAAAAUGAGUCUUCUUACCCGAACGCACUAAACCCCUCCGCAACGGCAUAAACCCUCAUCUAAACGGCAAUUGAGGCAAAGGGGGUUUAAUUAGGGUUUAAGCAAAUGCCCCUCUUACUGAAUUCGGAAAUACCGAAAAGAUCAAAAUUUGAGCUCUGCUUUUCUGAGUUUUAACAUCAAUUGGAGCAGAGAAAGGAAAGAAGCAGAGAUCGGAAUACAUGGAGGAAGAAGGAAUGGGACGGAAGUAGUUCGUUCAGCCUAUUGAAAAGCUUCAGUCAGUUCAAGAGGAUAUUGGAAAAUGAACACAGAGCUGGAUGUGAUGCUGGUGAAACAUGGUAUUUUCUGGUAUUUCAGUUUCAGAUUAGCAAGAAUCAAGUGAAAAAGUUCUGAAGCAGCAGUACAAUGAGAUACGGAAACCUGUCUAUGAUAAGCAAAAUGAUAUCAUCAAGUCGAUUCCUGAUUUCUGGAUAACUGCAGUAAUUAUCUUUGAACUUUAUUAGUCAUCCUGCCCUCACUGAGCUCUUGAAUGAAGUAGACCAAAAGGUUCCAUGACUCUACCUUUGCUUUGUUGAAGAAUAAGAUCAGCCUUCAGCAUUAUUUGUCCCCCUGUCAAUAUCUGAAUGCUCCACUUUAGGUUUUGGGGUUAAAGGUGAAACGAGUCAAAAAUUUAAAGACUUGUGCUUCUAUAUCUAUUUAUGUAUUUCGCACACGUAUAAGAAUUUCUAGCUGCUCUGCCAACUAAUGAUUUAGAGCAGUACAUUUUGGAGUGCAAUGGACAAUUCUUUUUUGGGCGGAGACUAUAGCUUUUAAGCUAAUUGUUUUGAUAAUCUGAUGGUAUUUGCUGGAAACAUCGAUUAGAUUAUACUUGUACAUUGGAAUGAGUUCUGCAGUCCUUCCAAAACAUGUAGCCGCUGUCGUACGUUCCCAGAAAGACCCACUAAGGGCUUUGGAGAUGUUCAAUUCUGUUAAGAAAGAAGAUGGAUUUAAGCACACUCUGUCAACUUAUAGAUGCAUGGUCGAAAAGCUCGGUCAUCAUGGGGAAUUUGAGGCGAUGGAGAAUGUCGUGUCAGAGAUGAGGGAGAACCUCGAUAACAGCUUGUUGGAAGGAGUGUACAUUAGUGUCAUGAGAAGUUAUGGAAAGAAAAGGAGGAUUCAAGAGGCUGCCAAUGUUUUUGAGAGAAUGGAUUUUUACAAUUGUGAACCUACUCUUUUCUCUUAUAAUGUGAUUAUGAAUAUUUUGGUGGAGAAUGGAUAUUUUGAUCAGGCACACAAAGUUUAUAUGAGGUUAAAAGAGAAAAGGAUUGCACCUGAUGUGUAUACUUAUACAAUUAGAAUAAAAUCAUUUUGUAGAACGAGUAGACCGCAUGCUGCUCUGAGGCUUCUGAAUAACAUGCCUGCACAACAAUGUGAGUUUAACUCGGUAGCAUACUGCACCGUGGUCAGUGGAUUUUAUGAGGGAGAUUAUAGAGGGGAAGCUCAUGAAUUGUUUGAUGAGAUGCUAAGCCUCGGUCUUAUCCCUAAUGUCACCACAUUUAAUAAGCUAAUUCAUAUCCUUUGUAAGAAGGGAGAUGUCAGAGAGAGUGAGAUACUGCUAGACAAGGUUCUCAAAAGGGGUGUUCUUCCGAAUUUGUUUACAUUUAACAUCUUCAUCCAAGGUCUGUGCAAGAAGGGCUUACUUGAUGAGGCUGCAAGGAUGUUAGAUGGUGCAACAGGGGAUGGUCUUUAUCCGGAUCUUGUGACAUAUAAUACACUUAUAUGUGGCUUGUGUAAGAACUCCAAAGGGGUCGAAGCAGAGAGCUACAUAAAUAAAAUGGUCAACAGUGGGUUAAAGCCUGAUGCUUUCACCUACAAUACACUCAUUGACGGGUACUGCAGAAUGAAUAUGGUGCCAAAGGCAGAUGAGAUUCUUCAAGAUGCAACAUUGAGGGGGUUUGUGCCCGAUGAAUUCACAUACUGCUCCUUACUGUGCAGAUUGUGUGAGAAUGGUGACUUUGAGAGGGCUAAAUGUAUGUUCAAUGAAGCUCCUGGAAAAGGUGUAAGACAUAGUGUUAUUCUAUACAAUGCGUUAAUCAAAGGGUUUUGUCAGCAGGGACUCAUUUUGGAAGCAUUGCAGCUGAUGAAUGAGAUGGAGCAAAAUGGUUGCAAUCCUGAUAUUUGGACCUAUAAUCUAAUGGUAAAUGGCUUUUGCAAGAUGCGUUGUUUAACUGAUGCCAGUAUUCUUAUUGAUGAUGCUAUGACCAAAGGCCUCCUUCCCGACAUAUUCACCUUUAAUACUUUGAUUGAUGGUUACUGCAAGCAGCUGAAGAUGGGUGAGGCACUUGAAGUUGUUAAUACCAUGUGGGAGCAUGACAUUACUCCGGAUAUCAUCACCUAUAACACUAUAUUGGACGGGCUCUGCAAAACUUCAAACUCCGAUAAUGUGAUGGAAACUUUCAAAGCGAUGGAGGAGAAGGGUUGUAGACCAAACAUCAUCACCUAUAAUAUACUCAUAGAGAGUUUCUGCAAAGCUCGACAACUAGACAGAGCUUUGGAGUUGCUUGAUGAGAUUCAGCAAAGUGGUUUGCAACCAGAUAAAGUAACUUUAGGCACCCUGAUAAGUGGAUUUUGUGAAAACAACGAUUUAGAUAAAGCCCAUAUGUCGUUCAGGAGAAUAGAAAAGGACUAUAGACUUUCCCCAACAGUAGCAAUGUAUAAUAUCCUGAUUAAUGCCUUUUCUGAGAGGUUAAAUGUGGAUAUGGCACUUAAACUAUUUCAGGAAAUGGUCGUUCAGGGAUGCCCACCGGAUAAGUACACAUUCCGAUGUAUAGUGGAUGGUUUCUGCAAGAUUGGGAAUGUUGAUUCUGCGUAUUACUAUCUUCUUGAUAGUAUCAAAAAAGGGCUCAUUCCAUCCCUAACAACUUUUGGACGAGUGCUAAAUUGCCUGUGCGUGAAGCAUAGAUUGCGUGAGGCAGUUGAAAUCAUAUACACUAUGGUGCAUAAGGGAGUUGUUCCUGAAGAAGUGAACACAAUUUUCGAAGCAGAUAAGAAAGAAAUUGCAGCACCUAAAAUAGUUGUGGAGAACUUGUUGAAGAAUUCACAUAUAACCUAUUAUGCAUAUGAACUUUUGUAUGAUGCUGUCAGAAAUAAGAAGCUGUUCAGGAAAAAGGCUAAUGGAAAAAGUGGUUCGGAAAAUAUGCUUCCUUAAUUAUUUGGAGAUAACUGUGUGAGAGAAGAUCAGUUGCAUGGAGAAGAUUCUGAAGCAGUUGAUAUAGACCAAGAGUAAAUGGUAAUCUCAGCUGGAUUCGACCGAUCACCUGCUAGUGUGUUUCAUACCUUCACUGGAUGACUGAUACUUCCCUUCAUGCGGCUUACACUUUUUUGGCUGGAUUACAUUCAUGCCAGCCUGAUAGGCCUGCAGUUGCCUGGGCAACACAGGAUCUCAUCGGGAUCUCAUAGCCAUGGUUGAAAAUGGCACGACACGCUACGACAUUUGUGUGGAAUAGAAAUGAGGUGAGUAGAAUAUUGCUAUCAUAGCCAUGGUUCUCUUUUGUUUUUUUACCAGAGGGAAGAAGUAUAUCUGGUGGGAGAUUCCACUGAGAACUGGAAAGAUCCAUAAAGGUGGCCCAAGACAUGAAGUUGAAAUUAGACUUCCUUAAGGGAAGUAAGUUCAGCUAAUUCUGUUUUUUUUGAAGGGAAAAUAUUACUAUAAGUAGUACUACAACUUAUAUUUAUUUUCAUAAUAUUAUACACAUGUCGAAAGGAUGUCAUAAGAAUGUUGACAUAAGUUGAACCACUCCAAAACAUUGAAAUACAAAGCAACAUGCGUAUUAAAUAUCA